GGUAUUUCUGCUGCAUCAAGGAAGCCGUUAAACUCCUGCUAAGCUAUUUGUUUUUUAUGCGUCCAUGCACAAGACUGACCUCCUCUAUCACUGACCAGAGAUUAUUUCUGACAAUCCAGGAUUUUCCGAAAGCUUGGAGACAUAUGGCUGGAAAAUGAAACGACCCUGGAGUGUGGCCACAUCAUUAUUUUGUGUCGCGUGGUACCAGAUGGGCAGUCAGUGAAUGGUGCGGGGAUGUGAAUGGACAGUUUUAUAAUGUGAAUUUUUUCCCCCAUAAAGCUAAAACAGACUUCAUUUCCCUCUCUUUUCUUUUGCUCUACGGUACUUGCAUUUUCCCCCUCUCUGCAAUAUCAAUUAACUCAACUUUACAGUGGGGUGGCCAAAAAUGAAGAGGAUGAAGCCAUCUCUAUAAUCUUAGUAAGUGUUGGAGGAGCCGCAGCGCUCAGGAAACUGCGGCUGCGACCCGCCGCGUCCUGCGCGGAUUUCAGGGUUGAUACAACGCAGACGGUUAUGGAGCGGACCGAGCACUCGCUCCGCCGAGGAUAGAGACCCGGGCGCCGGGAGGGGUCCGCUGAUCUCGCGGCGGCCUUGGAGGCCGCUGCUGCCUCUCAUCCGCCGCGUUUUACUGACAUUAUUCUCAUUCUUGGAAAGUCAUGGAAGACAGCCCGCUGCCAGAUCUCAGAGACAUCGAGCUGAAGCUGGGGCGCAAAGUACCCGAGAGCCUAGUGCGCUCUCUCCGUGGGGAGGAGCCGGUUCCCCUGGAAAGGGACAGGGACACCGGCGGGGGGAGCGGCGGCGGUGGCGGCGGCUGCAGUAGUAGCAGCAGCAGCUGCAGCUUCCCUCCCUCCUUGUCGUCCUCCUCUUCGUCCUCCCCAACCUCUGGCUCCCCACGACGUAGCCACUCCAGCGCACUGGAGAGGCUGGAAACCAAGCUUCACCUCCUCAGGCAAGAGAUGGUUAACCUCAGAGCCACAGACGUCAGGCUCAUGCGCCAGUUGCUUGUUAUCAAUGAGAGCAUUGAGUCCAUCAAGUGGAUGAUUGAAGAGAAAGCCACCAUUACCAGCCGAGGCAGCAGUCUCAGUGGCAGCCUGUGCAGUUUAUUGGAGAGUCAGAGCACCUCCUUACGUGGCAGCUACAAUAGCCUACACGAUGGCAGUGAUGGGCUGGAUGGCAUCUCCGUGGGGAGCUAUCUGGACACUUUGGCAGAUGAUGUCCCAGGCCAUCAGACCCCCUCAGACUUGGACCAACUCAGUGACAGCUCCAUAAUAGAAGACUCACAGGCACUGCACAAGCGUCCCAAAUUGGAUUCUCAAUACUACUGCUUUGGCUGAUGACCUGGUUUUCUGCAUGGGAUUGGUGUGCAAUUAACUUGUAUUUAUCUUUCUUCUCCGCUGCUAUAUUUUUGGUGUGAUUUUUUUUUUUUUAUAUGACAACCUUUUUAAAAGAAGCUUAUUUUGAAACUGCUUGAUGGUAUUUCUGUUGCUCCUAAUAUUUCUCAUCUGGACUGACUUAUCUUUCUUUCUUACAUCUCUGUUUUUAUUUAUUAAAAUGAUUUUUCUCCCUUCUUUUACAUUGGCACAAACAAAGUAGGGGGAAAAGAAUAAGCAAUAAUUCUGAUUUUGCUUUUGUUUUCAGAGCAAGGGGUCAGGGAUUACAAGAAAAACUUUGCUAAAUCUUACAAUAAACCAAAGUCUGAUAACAA